UUCACGCACACACAUACAUAUGCUGAAAUCCUCACCAAUUUCUCAACUCUCUUCUUUCCUCAACUAAACUCAAGUAAACUCGACCCUCAUUCGAAAAGAAUCGCCACUAGCCGAGUACCAUACCCUCAACGACAACCAAAUCCUCCCAUAUCGCAUCGCCACCCCGUCCUAGUCCAUCAGAAUGGCGGACAAUCUCUGCGGUCCUUCAACCGCUCCUAAAUCACUAUCCCGACACUUUGAACAGGACCGUUCUCUACAACAAGACCGAUUCACUUCCUCCGCCGGACCCUCCAGCGGCGUUCACGAUGCGACACAGAGCUUCCGCAGCCUGAACUUGGGCGACAACAGAUUUACGUCGGAUUUCUCAGGAUUCCAAAACGCAUCCUUUAUUGAUACCCCUCCUGACGUUAGAAAUUGGAACCACAAUCACCAAUUAGUCCCCUACCCGUCUUUUGCUAACGACGAUGCCUUCUCUUCCAUCGAUCAUGUCAGCACUGCAAUGCGCCCUAGAGUUGCCCCCGAGCGCUUCAAUACUCCCUCCCAAACUGGUGCUGCCGUCGCCACUGCCGUUCCCGUCAUAUCCAUCGCGUCUCGCCCAAACCUCCGCUCAGACGACUUCCCUCAGCGUCGCGCAGACUGGGCCAACGAGUUCAAUCAGAGGAUGACCCCUCGCGACAUCAGACAGAUGAAUCAAAGCUUCAAUCCUCCCGGACAAGUAUUGAGACCUAUGAGCACCUUUGGGGUAAGCAUGUUACCGCAGCAUAUAACCAUGCGCCCUGCUCAAGUCCCCGGCCCCAAAGACGAUAUCGACUUCGACGCCGAGCUACGUGCCUGGGCAGCUGCCAACAGUCCCGAGACGCAAGCUCAAGCUAACGCGUGGCUUCGCGUCGAGGACGCCUCUGCAGACAGUCGUGUUCGCGAAACGCAGGCGACUACGCAGUCCGCUGAUUCCCAUCAAUUUGCCAUGCAGAAUCUGACUGCCCUCGAGGAAGAUGCCGUCCUAGCAGCCCAGCACCCCCGGAACAAUUUGGCCGAAUCAACGACUGAGAAGGAGGAGCCGGCUCAGUCUCGAGGUAAUGAGGACUCGGAACUGGCCAUGGCCGCACAGCAGAUUCUAGAUUCUGUCUCAGGGGACAAGUCUGACAAGUUUAAGAACUCUGGCUUCAUUCAGAUGAUGCAGAAGAUUGCGGCGCAGGAGCUGGUCGUUCGGGAUAACAACUUGGUUGAAUCCCCCCAGACGACUACUAACUAAAUUGAUAUUGAUUGCUGAUACCGACACCGAGGCGCCGUCACCGAAAGAGAAAGUGGCGUUGAAGCCCGUUGCUGUCGAAGACUCAUUGUUUAUGAGUAGGACUAGGACCGAUUAAGGAGCGAGAUGCUUUACAGGCACGCGUUGAUUUUACUGGUAUGUAGAAAUAGCAUACGUCAUGAUACCCUACAGUGCUGUGUUCUAUUACUAGCUGUGCAUGUUUCUUUAUGGGGAGUCGUAAUUCAUAACUCGGAAUUUUCUGUAAUAAGCAAGCUCAAUGUGGAUGUCGGUUAUACGUCUCUCUGUACUUCUCACCUCUUCUAGCUGACGCCAUGCUAUGUACGAACCACGUUUA